UGCAUCAAUUCCACCACCUUGCAUUGCUCAAUUCCCAUCAUGGAAGGUUGCAAAAUGUCUCCACAAAAGCCAUGGAAGAAAGGGCCAACAAGGGGCAAAGGUGGCCCUCAAAACUCUUCAUGUGAGUAUAGAGGUGUUAGGCAGAGAACAUGGGGAAAAUGGGUGGCUGAGAUAAGAGAGCCAAAAAAGAGAACAAGGCUUUGGCUUGGCUCUUUUGCCACAGCAGAAGAAGCUGCCUUGGCCUAUGAUGAGGCUGCAAGGAGACUCUACGGCCCUGAUGCUUACCUUAACCUCCCCAACGUGAUGAUGAUGCAAAAAAUUCAACCAACAGCAAGCUUCACAAAUUCCACCAUCACCACCACAAAAUCUCACAAGUACUUCAAUUGGUUCCCUUCCAAGAACUUCAUUUCAAUGUUUCCCUCAAGUGGUGGAUUGCUCAACCUCAAUGCUCAACCUAGUGUCCAUGUCAUCCACCAGAGGCUGCAAGAGCUCAAGCAAAAUGGGGUGGUUGCAACAAGUCAAAAUCAAUCAUCACCGCAUGCUAGUUCAUUAUCCACUCAUCCAAAGGUUGUGGUGGAACUUGAAAACUUAGACAUCCAAAACCAUGCAGAAACUCUUGUUCCUCCACUGCAAGAGGGUAAUUCUCAAGUUUCAUCACAGAAAACUAUUAUUGGUGGUGAUUUUGAGAAGCCCCAGAUAGACCUACUUGAGUUUCUUCAGCAGAUGGGAAUACUAAAGGAGGAAAGAGAGGAAGAAAAAACUGAUAGCUCAGGAAGUUCAACAACAGUGUCUGAAGCAGUAUCAAGAGAUGAUCAGAGUGAACAACAACCUGGAGUGUUUUCUGAUGAUAUGAGUAGUGUUAACUGGGAGGAAUUGAUGGAGAUGCAUGAGCAUGACCGUGGAGUUGUAGAUAAUUAUCAUGCAUUAGAAGAAAUCCAGUUUGAAGCAUAUGACAUAAACGAGGACCUUACUUUCUCCACUUCCAUUUGGAACUAUUAAGAAAAUUAUAUAUGGUUGAAAUUGAAACUAGUUAGGUGCUGAGUAGAUCAAGUGAUCAACCAAUUCUACCAAUAUAAUCAGAGGGUGCAUGUUGGACCUUUGAUUUACUACUCUAUUAUAGUUUGUGUUUUCAGCUAAAGUUUUCAUUCUGUUUUUUGGCAGCUAGCAAUGUAUUAGAGGGAAAGUAGCUUAGUAUAAAAAACUACCUAAGUGAGACAAAGAGCUUAUUUUACUCAUUAUGUGGCACUGGUAGAGAAUAGAGAUA